AUGUCCUCGCUGCAACAGUCUUCAAGACGGCGCUCGAAUACCGGACCUGCGCGGAUAGAUGGUGGGCUUUUGAUUUCGACUGCUUCGAAGUCUUCUCAUGCUGAACUCGGCAGGGCGUUGGGCAUGUACGCUACCCUACUGCAGAUACUAGCGCAAAUGCAGAAGCUCAGAGGUAUACGUCCUCUUGUGCUAGGUUCUCGGCCAUCUGCUAGCGGACAGAGAAUGGAUUACAUGAUGGCUUCAGAAUCAGUGGUCCUACGCCAGCUUGGGUACAGAAGAACGGAGAUUCGCGACGUUCUACCAGGAGAAGCAGUGAUCAUUCCAAAACGCUUACCCCCAGUGUUUGCCCAAGUCCAAGAGCAGAAAGCUUACUGCCCGGAUAUUUUUGAGUACUGCUAUUUCGCUAGACCUGAUGCGAUUAUCGAUGGCAUAAGUGUCCACCAGAGCUGA